GGGGAAAAGGCGGUUCGUUUCCACUGGGCGAAAGAAGCUCCACGCCCAAAGCCAACUCCGCAGCGCCCGGCGGUGCCCAUCUCCAACUCCUGAGCGUCACUUGCACCACGACACGCCGUCGCGAGGAGCCUGGCUGCUCCAUCGUCAUCGCCCGCCAUGUCUGCGAAUUCACCAGAAGACACGAGAAAGCCCCUGGGCAUCGAUGUGCCCCGCGCCUCUGCUCUCGAGUCGCCGCCUGGCAUUGCGGCCCUGUUCGUGAUCCGCUUUGACAUCAAAGCUGGAUAUGUUAUUUCCUGGAAACGGUCCCUUUCUGAAGUGGACAUUGAAGGAGUGGUGGAAUACAAGUCGUUGCCCUCCGGUUUGCACAAUGUGACUGAGGAUAUCAUCUACUUUGUCCACGAACGAUUCGCCGGUAUCAGCGCUUUUGUCAACCGGCCGGCUGCCGAAUCCGAUCGCAAUGCGCUGAUGCUUGCUAUUGGUGUUCUGGUGCCGUUGAGCUCUGGCAGGCUGGGGAAGAGCUGGAGACAUGCGCCGAGAUUGAGGGAGUUGGUAGAGAAGUACGCUGAUGAUAUGUCGAAUCUCCAACCGCUGGAGAAAUACUGGGAGACAUAUCAGAUGCGUGGUGCAGAAUUGUCCGCGCCGCCCGAUUCGCCUCUGGAUUCCCCGAUCGGGUCUCGAUCGAAGCCGUACAGCGAGCGACCUCAAAGCCUGCGUCGCAAUCGCGCCAUUAGCGAUGCGAUAGUGCUGGAGCCGGCGAGGCCGGCUUUGACGCCAUUUCAUCCCGCUUCAUCGCUUCCUGACUUUGUUAACUCGUUCGGCCCCUUGGUCUUCCCUCUGUACCGAGCUGCCCUGCUACGGAAAAGAGUCCUUUUCAUGGCCGAGGCCCCGGUCCAAGCACCGUGUAAUUAUGUAUACGAUCUGUCCUUAUUAGCGUCUCUACCUCAAACACUUCUUCCUCUAUUACCAUCCAAUCUCUUACCACCCCUUCGUCCGCGGCCGCUUUUCAACGUUGGCAUCCAUGAUAUUCCCUACCUGUCUACGUUUAUCGAUGCAAAGACCAGCCCGGACCAGCAUCCUAGUUGGAUCGCAUGCACCACGGACAACAUCAUGAGCAUGAAAUCCGAGCUUUAUGAUGUCCUAGUCACACUCCCUCCACUCUAUUCGAAGAACGCCCCAGAUAGGGUGUAUCCAACGAUAAUCAUCCAGCAUGACCGCAAAGACAGAGCCGUGUCGAAAAGCCAAAACAUGGAAGCGAUCAGUUUGAAAGCUACUCAGCGAGACGCUCGCCGCUACGCCACCCUUCGCAAAGGUCUGCGUUAUCUGUCUCUGGAACGCAGCAGCUCUCAAUCCUCCGAAGCGGAAGAUGGCGACUCCGAUGCCGCCUCCACCUUCUCCUCAAGCUCUAUCGUUGAGCCUUUAUCCUGGACGCGGUUGGCGUACACCUCUUUCAUCUGGUGGGCAUCAGCCGGCGAAAAACGGGACGGACUAGCAGAAGAGGAAGAAGAGCAGGCGGAACAAGACACACGGCUCCUCGACAGUAUAGACAGUCCUCCGCUUUAUCACGGUGCACCUCUCCCACGUCGAGGUACCUCCCUCGACGACCCUACCCAACAACCACCGGAAGUCGCGCUGGUCGCAUACUUCCGCCGCUGGACGACUCAGAUCUUCGUGACCCUCGCCGACGCGAUUGCCCGACAUGACGGGGAUGAGGAGGAUGCUGACCCUGCUAUUACUCCGGAGCCAUACGAAGAUGAACCGGACGAGACCCAAGAUGGAGAUGAUGGCGAUGACGACCCAGCUACGUUCGCCCCGCCGGAAGAAGGAACAGACACCGUGCCCCUCUUAGAAAGGCAAACACCGGAGCAAGCCGAGCUAGAACAAAGCGAAAACCUCAACGACAACGAUCCCGUCAAGAUCACAACCGCCGACAUGACGGAUAUGGGCCUCGACAUCUGGAGUGCGACGGAUCGGGUCUUCGUCGAGCAGCUCGUUCUUCUAUGGUGGGGGCGCAGGGCGUACGUGGACGGGGCCCGGAUCAGAUGCUGUGGUAUUCCUAUUCUUUGAAAGAAGUAAAAAAAAUUGUACAAGUUCGCAAUCGCAUGACAGUCAUAUCAUGUAUGGUGGCUGGUGGUCUGGUCC